GGGGUGAGGCUCACCGGCUUCGCCGGAGCCGACUGGCGAGGUGGGGGUCUGGGGGCCGCGGGCCGCGCACGGCGAAACCAGACCCGCGUUCGGCUGCUCCGCUCGGGCUCCUGUCUGCCUGGCGUGGGCGGAUGCCUCGGUGUCACCGGUCAGAAGUUUCGCUGGAAACGCGCAGGCCCCACAAGAUGGAUGUGUGCCUUUCGAUCAUUCCCCGAGAAUCUCUUCCUUCGGCCCUCGUUUUUUACUUGCUUAUAAACACUGGGAUUGAUUUGAAACUAUCAGCAGAGCGUACAUGUUGUAAAAGUAGAACUUAACUGCAAUUGCUGGUGGUGUAGAGGGGACUGUGUUAAGGAUGAAAAUUGUACAUUUCACUCCUCAGAAAUGCUUCAGAAACGGCACGGAUCUGGGGAUAGCCUACAUUGUGAUUUUGCUAAGCGCGUUACCGUGCGGGGCACCGGGAAAGAGCUGUACCCUGGAACCACGUUGUUGGGUUUGAAUGCGAGGCCUGCCCUUUGUUAGACGAGCAACCCUGGGCUAGUUACUUUACCUGCGUCUGUUUCCUCAUCUUUAAAAUGGGUUGUUGUAAGAACUUAAUAAAUUUUCUGAAUACUCUGUAAGUAGUUUAUGGUAUUAGCCCAGUUUAGUCUUAACAGUCACCCAGGUAUAGGGCCCCCAUUUUCCUGACACUCCCCACUGAGGCACAGAGAGGUGACGUGACUUUCUUAAGUCACAACACAGCUAAUGCGAGGAGUUAAGCCCAUACAGAUCACAGUUUUGCCCACAUUAGGGUGCCUCAUGGACUUGGUUUGUUCAUUCGGUUUCAGUUAACAAAUACUGAUUUUGUUCCCCUGUGGACCAAGUUCUUUGCCGGGUGCAAGGGAUAGUGCCAAACCGCACUCAGACCCUGCCCUCCCAGUGCUUGCAGUCUAGUGCAGGUUGGUGAUCGCUGGGCUGUAGGGUGCCCACGAAUCCUGGGGAAAUAUUUCACACAAUGUUGUGAGUAUGGGUCUUUUCCCCCUCCUUUUUCUUUUUGGAAAGAAGAGUGUGUGGCUCUCACCAGUCUCUCCAAUGCUGUCUGUGAUCCAAAGGUAUGAGGAAACAUUUUAGCAGAAGAGCGAGGAUCUAGUGUAAUGUCUAACAACACAGCAAGAGCCUAAAAAAGAAGGCGGCGCGCAGGUCGCAUGAGUGAAGAACUUAGAGGAGUUUAAGUGCUGUAGUAGGGCCAAGAGCAGGGCCCUGUGGGGGAGCCCACACAAAGGUCCACCUGCCCAGCCUCUUAGAGUCAGCAAAUGCCAGUCAGGUGCAGGAAGGGAAGAAUUCAUUGGAGCCUGGUGAUGACCAGUCUCUGCCCUCAUGGCGGGUGAGACAGAAACAACACGUGAACCUCUUUAACAGGGACCAGAGGCACCGAGGAGCAGUCCAUGGUACUGUGAGAGCCAAUAACGGGAACAGGAGGCUUCCUCUGUUCAUGAAAGUCCGGGAAGUGUCCUUGAGAAGACUUGAGUGACACGUGGACCUAGGAGUUAGGGGCACUGUGGGCAUGGGGGGCGGCCCUCAGUCUUCAGAGACCCUGUGGUGCAGACAUGUAGAGCACCAGGGGCUGUGCCAUUGAAAAGUUUGUUUCAGGGAAAUGACAAGAUCACAUUCUGAGAAGCUGGAAAGAAGCUCAAAUGAGUAACUGAAGCCCUGGAUGAGAACAGGCUCUCUAAGGAGACACUGUAAGGUGCAGUAAGUAUAUUCUGAGUCCCAUAACGGAGGCAGUUAGCCGGCGGUUGAGGCAUGCUGUGGAAGUUGCUGAUAAGAUCCCAGCCCUGCGGGCUGUGUUCUUUCAGAAAAAUGCUAUCAGCUCCAAACUACAGACCCUCUCUGGCAUGCUUCACCUAUACAAAUGAUCAUCAGUCAAACAAAGAAAAUAAAAGAACAGUGGAAAAGCUCUAUAAAUUUUCAGUUGACAUCAGGAAAAUUCGCAGAUUAAAAGGAUGGGUACUUUUUGAGGAUGAAACCUAUGUUGAGGAAAUUGCAAAUGCUUUACGACAACUAGGUGCUGAGGAAACGGCUGUCGCCAGUAUUCUGGAGCGCUGCCCAGAAGCAAUUGUCUGCAGCCCAACAGCUGUUAACACCCAGAGAGAACUCUGGCGGUUGGUCUGCAAAAAUGAGCAAGAGUUAGUCAAGUUAAUAGAACAGUUUCCAGAAUCUUUCUUUACUGUUAAAGACCAGGAAACUCAGAAGCUGAACAUUCAGUUCUUUCAAGAGUUGGGACUCAAAAAUGUGGUCAUUAGCAGAUUAUUGACAACUGCAUCUAAUAUUUUUCAUAGUCCUGUUGAGAAAAACAAGCAAAUGAUAAGUAUUCUGCAAGAGAGUUAUCUAAAUGUAGGUGGCUCCGAGGGCAACAUGAAAGUUUGGUUACUGAAAUUAUUAAGCCAAAACCCAUUUAUUUUGUUGCAUUCUUCUGCAGCUAUAAAGGAAACACUGGGAUUUCUCCAGGAGAAAGGUUUCACAAACGUUGAUAUUCUCCAGCUUCUCUCCAGUCUCAAAGGAUUUCUUUUUCAACUUUGCCCCGGAAGUAUACAGAACAGCAUUUCCUUCUCUAAAAAUGCUUUUGAAUGCACAGAUCAUGACCUGAAGCAAUUAGUUUUGAAAUGUCCUGCCAUUUUAUAUUAUUCCAUUCCAGUAUUGGAGGAGAGAAUUCAGGGAUUAUUGAAAGAAGGAAUUUCCAUAGCUCAGAUAAAAGAGACGCCAAUGGUUCUUGAAUUAACACCACAGAUAGUACAGUACAGGUUAAGGAAACUGAAUUCCCUAGGCUACAGAAUAAAGGAUGGAAAUCUAGUAAAUCUAAGUGGAACAAAAAAGGAGUUUGAAGCUAACUUUGGCAAAAUUCAGGCCAAAAAAGGAAGGCCAUUAUUUAACCCUGUGGCACCAUUAAACAUUGAAGAGUAACCUGGAGACUGCUGCUUCUAGCACUGCAGAGUAAAGCUGAGCAGCAGAGACUUGAGUCAGUUUUGUAGGCACUAGUAAUUUAAAGAAACUGCUUAGCUUCUGAGUUGUCUAAAUUACAUCUAAGUAGAUAAUCUGACUCAUUUGCUGUAUCUUAAACUAUAAACUGCAUUUGUUUUAAAUAAACUUGGUAAUUCUAACUAUGAACUAUUUCAAAAACUCCUGUACUAGUAAAUGGCACAUCAGAGUGA